GAUAGACGAAUGUGCUUCUAAUCCGUGUCAAAAUGGCGGAACUUGCGAAGACAGGGUUAACGGUUACGUAUGUACUUGUGCUCCUGGAUAUGAAGGAGACAACUGUCAAACCGAUGUAGAUGAAUGCACCUCCAAUCCGUGUGAAAAUUGCGGAACUUGCGUGGAUGGGGAAAACGGCUACACCUGUACUUGUGCUCCUGGUUAUGAAGGGGAUCAUUGUGAAACGGGUGUUCUUGAUGUGUCCACCUUUGUGAACCCUGAUGACCACAUUCUGGUGGUAGUCACGGAGGAGGGCAAUGUCAUACAGGUUCAAGGAGGUAAGACAGACGAAGGAGCUGCGACCUCGGUUGAGUCCCUUACCCAGACCACAGCUUGUGGAGACCAGAUCACUGUCGGCUUCUACACGAACACUGAUCUUGUCCAAUCCGUGUCGACGUCAUCAGGAGUCUCCAUGACGUUCACGUGGACUGAUGACAGAGUCUACGUCACCGCUUCGGCACAGAACUCCAGUUUUGAGCUCAACGUGGUGGUUGACCUGGAGCCAAGUGACGUGUCAGCUGGAACGCCUUCGUCUGAAACAACAAUGGUACCUGAGCCCCCAACACAAGACGACGGGCUGAUAAAAAUCGCAGUGGAUUCUGCGAAGAAUGUUGAGCCGGUAACCCAAGGAUACCAGAAUACACGGCAGACAACCAUGCCGUCCUCGGUGGAUGAUUACGACUACAAUUACGGUGGUGAGGACUAUGGAGAAUCGUUUACUGAAGCCUACCAGAGCAUAACAUUUGAGACUACCGUGCCGUCCACGGAGUAUUAUCCCGAGACGUCGGGGUCGGGACUCAGGAUUCCCGUCCGGGUUACCUGGUGUGAUCAGGCAACAAACCACGUGACUGUCAAGGCGUUUGGCUAUAAAGGUUUAGACGCAGCUGCCGACACUUCGUCUUUGUCCCCGGACAUGGAGUACCGUGUUGUCCCGACAGGUGGAGCCGGACAGUUUGAGAUAGUCGUCCCGGCCACCCCCGCUAACUCUUCUGAGGAGGUGGCUCAAACCGUGUGUGACAGCGUCAGUCGGGUGGUAGAGGGCACGUGCGCCGCCUUCUUCAGCAUCCCUUCUGCAACGGGCGGAACCAUCUGUAACGAGGUCGCCAACGCAGCGCAAUUCCUCACGACGCACACAGACGUGGAGAGGACUCUCGUCCUGGCUGCCUGUUCGGGAGGUUUCGGCGUCGUUCACGCGUUCUGCGACACCAUUGGCUUUAAUGCAACGGAAGAAGAAGCAUCAUCUGAUCUCUGUGAAAUGGUUACGGGAACGGUUGACUCGUUUUCGCCGGAGCCGGUGCUUGUUGUCCCGAAGGCCGUGUUUUCUACUGGUGAGGAGGUCUCGGUUCCAGGAAUGGUCGUAUCUCCUGGAAAUGUCAACAAAACGCUUCCUGUCUUCAGUAUCUCCUACAGAAGUGCUCACGUGAUCUCUAAUGUCCGAAUCAGACCACGUGAUCCCGCCCCUGGGGAGAACUACCGCGUGCGCGCCACGUUCGUCUGUACCGACGACACUACCGUGGCCACGAUAGAGAUAGUUGGAUCAGACGAUUACCGUAAAAGGGUACAGUGCACAGGCGCCAUCUCGAAGUGUAUCCUGACGGUACCCGGGGGAGACGAGCUCGUACGUGACCGCGUCACCAUCACACUGAGCUCAGACGGCAUGCAGGACAUCUCCAAGGAGUACAUCAUCAGUUUCUGA